ACCGUGAAGUUGCAGACAGUCGCCAACCGUUGGCUGUGUACCUGCGUCCCGCGAGUGUGUGUGUGCGUACGACCGAGGGUCCCGUCGGAUACAGUGUCCAGCAGCUCGGCGAUCAUGGCGUCCACUGGAACCUCUUUGAGGAUGCUCCUCAUACUCGCUGCCGCCCUCCAGAGCGUGCUCGCGGCUAAGGAGCUCCCUUCAUUCGUACCGAUAUGCAGCCGAAGCGAUCCCCAGUUGGCGGAGUGUAUCCGAAAAGCCACCGUGACGCUGCAGCCAUACAUCGCCAGGGGCAUUCCUGAACUGAACAUCCCUUCUGUUUCCCCGCUCAACAUUCCCAUGGUGAAACUAGAACAGGGCACUGGCGCUGUCAACUACAAACUCAAGCUCACCAACCUGAAGAUCUAUGGACUCGGCGAAUACAAGUUCCAGCAAGUCAGGUUUAUCGAGAAGGAUCUUAAAAUUGAUGGAAAUGUGGACAUCCCUGACCUGUACCUCGAGUCGGACUACGUGAUCGACGGCAGAGCCCUGGUCGUGCCCAUCAGGGGCGAGGGCAUCUUCACCGCUAACUUGACAAACACCAAGGCCUCCGUGGAUAUCCAGCUCAACUUAGUCAAGCGCAAGAACGGCGAGUAUAUCCGGCCGACCGAGACCCGAGUGUCGCUGACUAUCGGCGGCGCCAAGGCACACUUUGGCAACCUCUUUAACGGCGACCCCAUCCUGAGUCGGACGACCAACACCUUCCUCAACGAGAACACCAAGGACAUCCUCGAGGAGGUGAAGCCGGCCGUAGAAGCGGUCGCAGCGAUGAUCGUGGAGGAUGUGGCCAGCAACGUGGUGCGAGUAGUACCGUACAACAGGCUGCUACCCACCAAGCUAUAGCCGCGUCCUAUGGGACGGCUCAUCUCGGCUGUGAUCUCUUGGAGUACUGUUCUCCAAAAAAUUAUUUAAUCGAUCUUCCACUAUGACUUUCGAGUGGGAUGUUACGACUACUCCUUUUCCGGGAGAGAUAUGGAAGAGGGGCACUGCUCACAAUGGUUGGCAUACACAUUUAAUUUGGCGGGCCUUCUUCGGAGAAUCUGAUAGCAGUGAGUUUGCACUUCUUCCUCUUCCGAAAAUGCACCACCGAAGUAGACCAAUCUUAACCUACCGAUGUCGGACGUACACGUUGACCUAAACAUACCGACGUACAAGUUUUGUAGCAUUAUUUUACCCUGUGUACAUGCGUCUGUCUAUUUAUUUAUAGUCUUUAUUUAUGUUUUCUAUUUAUGUGUGAAGGGUAAGGCUCGUAUCUGUCUUGGAUACGUGCCGGAGAAUAUUUGGUGAAGUUAAUUUUAAAUAAAUGAUACCUCUAGUUA